CUUCGUGAGAGCUGUCUUACUUCGUAGUCCAAAUUAGACAGCCACACGUAUCGGACAACCAACAUCCGUCCGCGCAAUAUCGCGGACGACCAAUUUCAACAUCGGCCAACACCAGCCGAUACAGAAAGCUCUUCGUCAUCCGGAGCUCCUUCUGCAGCUGCUUCGACAUCAGCUCCUGGUUCACGUAUUCAGGAAGGAUCGCAACAAGGAAGCAUCGUCUUUUAGCCGAAAUCUCGUUUUAAUAAAUAAUAAAACUUACAACGAAACAUACAGUCUCAGCAUGUGGAGGAUGGUCAUAAUGUUUGCCAUGACAGUCUUCAUGAUAAUCUUCACGCUCACGGAAGACAACUUGAAGAAAGAUGAAGAGUUAACCGACUACAUUAAGAACAAGAUUUAUCGGCAGAAUAAAUCAAAUGAGACGGAGAGUAGUUUUGACUUUGACUUUGACUUUGACAGGGAUGACAACAUCUCGGACUCGGGCUUUUUAAUAACCAAUAAUAAGGCGAUUGAGGAGCUCCUUCAACAGGAAUUCCUGAAUUUAAAACUGACGAGGGAACACCCAGAACUUACAGAUUUUUUAAAAAGUCUAUGGAUAGCAAACGUUAGAGACAUGCAUCUUAUGUUGAAGAAACUGUUAAUAAUGACAGAUGAUUUUAUGUUGAACGAGGUUACAGAAAUAAUGAAAAAAUGGCACGACUAUCUCCUGCUGGAUUUAAUAGAAAAAAAUGUUUUCAUGUUAAUGUUAGCUUUCAACAUAUCAGGAAUCACCAUGGGAUUUAUAUGUGGCUACUUCUGUAAAAAUGAAUGAA